AUGCUCCAGUCCAUAGUCACUUUCACCGAUACCACCCCCGGUCUCGAAAAAUCCCUCCGCCUCUUCCAAUCCCUCUGCACCAUUCUUGUCGGCCUGUCCACCACGCCGGAGGAUCUCGCGCUGUGGGUUAAGCUGAGGGCGCAGUUUGCUUUGGGAAGGAGAUACUUCCGCCUCCUAAAAUGGCAUCCUUGCUGGAGUAACGCCUUGGCCGCCUUCCACAGCACCCAACAACAAAGCACGCCUUCGAGGACGGCGGUCGAGGUUACCAAGUGGUCAUUCCUUGGACUCUAUUUCUUCCUGGAGAUGUUUACGAUAAGCAAUGCAUUGCGUGUUACGACUUUCGAAUGGGGCCCGAAGGUGCAGAUGGAGGCGAAUCGGUGUUGGUUCUUUGCGUUGGUUUCUUCGAUCCUGGUCUCGAUAUACGACUUCAUGCUACACAAAGCACCCGUGUCUGAGAAGGCUGCGGACGAUGCUGAUAAGGACGAGAAAACGAACGGACAUGUCAAGGUGAAGGACUCGAAGGCAGCAGGGGCCAAGGAGAAGUCCUCCAAGCCCUCAAGCCCGGGUCUGGCCAAGGUCUAUCAGCAACUGGUUAUUGAUAGCUGCGAUAUCUUCAUCCCUGGCGCGGCGGUGAAUUGGAUUCCUGUUGGACCGCUCGUGGUUGGCAUAGCGAGUACAAUUUCGACGACAGUUGCUGGCUAUCAGAUUUGGAUACGAGUACAACAGCAGCAGAAGGCGAAAGAGGGAUAA